CGCAUCCAAACGUUCCUCUCAUCUCUCUCUCUCUCUCUCUCUCUCUCUCUCUCUCUCUCCUACUCAUUCCUUCAGUUGCAGCCACCCAUUUCUUCCUUCCCUCUCUUUCAAUCUUACCCCAUGACCACAAACUCCCUUAAUUCUCCACAAUUCUACAAAGAGCACACCGAUUCUGCGUAGGUAUGGCACUCCGCCGCCUCUCCAUCCUCUGCUCCCACCUCCAUCCAAUCAAUUCCGAUUGCCCGAGUCCGAACAACGAACGAUCAAGAUCGAAUGGUCUCUCAUGCGUGUCCUUGUCGAAUUGCGAUAGCGGUUCCGAAAAUUGCCAAAUGGAUGAAUCCGAGAAAGGGAAUGAAGGGAAUGGUUGUGUGUUUUGCAUGAUAAUUCGAGGCGAAUCCCCUGCAUUCAAGCUUUAUGAAGAUGAUAUAUGUCUCUGUAUUCUGGAUUCCAACCCGUUGACUCAUGGGCACUCUCUGAUUAUUCCAAAAUCCCAUUUUUCAUCCUUGGUUGCAACUCCUCCUUCUGUAGUAGCAGCCAUGUGUUCUACAGUUCCUUUCCUUAGCAAUGCAAUUAUGAAAGCUACUCAUUGUGAUUCAUUUAACUUGUUGGUUAACAAUGGUGCAGAUGCGGGCCAAGUAAUAUUUCAUACACAUCUUCACAUAAUUCCUCGUAAAGCACAGGAUCGAUUGUGGACGUCCAAGGGCUUUAGGAGAAAGCCGCUGAAAUUGAACCAGGACACAAUUCAGCUAGCAGAUUGCAUCCGGGAAGGGCUGUCACUUCAGGUCAACCACUGUGAUGGCUUUGAAGGUCAAAGAUCUAAGCUUCCUGAAAAUUCAUGAAUGCUGGACACACAUUUUUAUAUUGAGGAUUAUAGGGUGUUCACUCCAGCUUUGCACACAAUAGGCCAGUUUUCAAUUCCAACGAGUGGGGGCCGAUGGUUUGCUAAUCCAAACCAUCUGUUGUGCCCCAAUGUGGAUGGACCAUUCCUCAAAAUCACUGAGAUUGGAAAAUUUUAGCUGCUAAUCUUGUGACCUUUUCAAUUGAACGUGGACUAUUGCUGUAUUUCUCUUCUUUGCUGUCUAUUUGUUGGAUCAAAAGGUUAUGGUCGAUUACCCUACUGAGAUGAUUCGGGGCAUGGUCCACCAACGGCGUGAUGCAACAUACAAGAGGUCUUGAUCACCAGACCAUGGGCUCCACCUGUCAAGAAUGGAAAACCCACAUGCUGUGCAAAGCCUGGGCCCGGGUAUUCUAUAAUUCCCCUUGUAUUUUAUGUACUGUAAGUAAAUUCAUGUCUUGAAUAAAAUGUAAGGGCAUGUUUGGAUGUCACUUAAAAAUGAGUUCAUCUCAUUCUCUUUAAUUGUAGUUAUCCAUGAUCUCUAAUACAUAAUUACCAUUAGAAAAAAUGAGAUGAACUCAUUUUUAACUAGCACCCAAACAGGCCCUAAGUCUUCAAUUCAUUUUUUAGCUCACUCUGUGGUAAGCAAGCAUGAGCAUGAUAUUGUUAAAAAUGUUACAUACAGGAUAAAUGAACUGGGAAAUUUUAUGGAAUCUAGUUAGGUUUUAAUCGAA